UUGCUUUGACUCGCAUAAUGUUCAUUGGUCAAAGUUUAAAGUUUGGACCACACAAUGCUGUAAAACUGGAACUUCAUUUAUCCUUCAUCUCUGCCCAACAUGCCAACCUUCUCAUAAUUGUGAUGUUCAUUAGUCAAAGUUUGGACUUUGGAGUUUGGUGUACACAAUGCUAUAAAACUACUCAAACUUCAAGUGUCCUCCAUCCCUGCCCCAACAUGCCAACCUCAAACCUUUUCAUAAUUCUGCUCUCUGUUCUCUUCUUUCUCUCUCUACUGCUCCCUUCUUUUUCAGAGAAAUGCCAUCCAGAUGACAAGAAAGCCCUCCUUAAAAUCAAGAAAGCCCUCAACAACCCGUACGCGUUGGCCUCAUGGGAUCCCAAGACCGAUUGCUGCGAAUGGUACGUGGUAGAAUGCAACCGCAUAACACACCGCAUUGUUCAGCUCCAUCUCUUUGCCUCCAACGUAUCCGGCCAGAUUCCAGCUGCUGUCUCUGAGCUCCCAUAUCUUGAACUUCUAAGGUUUCAUAAACUGAAUCUUACAGGGUCAAUCCCACCAUCCAUUACCAAGCUCACUAACCUCAAAUUCCUUGACGUGAGCUGGAACCAUCUGUCAGGACAUGUCCCUCCAUUCCUUAGCCAACUCAAAAACCUGACUUUUCUCGACUUAUCAUUCAAUAACUUCACUGGUUCAAUCCCUUCUUCGCUUUCUGAGUUCCAAAACCUAGGAGCUCUCCAUUUAGACCGCAACAGUCUCACAGGGAACAUCCCUGAGUCGCUCGGGAGAUUCACUGGACAAGUCCCAGAUCUUUACCUCUCCCACAACCAGCUAACAGGCGAAGUUCCAAGAUCCCUAGGUGACUUAAACUUCACUGAACUUGACUUUUCGCAUAACAAGCUUCAAGGAGACGUCUCCUUGUUUGGCACCAACAAGACUAUACAGAUAGCAGAUUUUUCAAGGAACAUGCUUGAGUUUGAUCUUUCAAAGGUGGAGUUCCCCGACAGCUUGACAUCACUGGACUUAAACCACAACAGAAUAACUGGAAGUCUGCCAGAGGGGUUGGUGAAGUUGAAUCUCCAGUACUUGAAUGUGAGUUACAACAGGCUUUGUGGUGAAAUUCCAGCGGGUGGAGAGCUGCAGAGCUUUGAUUAUACUUCUUAUUUUCACAACAGGUGCCUAUGUGGUGCCCCGUUACCUGAUUGCACAAGACAAGCAAACCCAGGUCCUCACGGACUUGAGAUUUUCGUUUUAGUCGCCAUUUCUCUUUGCAUUUUGCCACUCUCUCUUUGUUCUGCUCCUAGUUUUAUCUGCCUAGAAUUGCUUGCACAUAUGAAAAAUACAUUUAACAAGCGGGGGACCCUUUCUACUUUUAGCUUGAUCACUUUUCCGAAUUCUUCAGACAAGAUAACCAGCAUGAAGACUGCACUUCUCUGCAUUCUCUCUCUGCUUACCUUUCUAUCUCAACCUUUCUACUCUCACUCAGUGAGGUGCAAUCCUGAUGACAAAAAGGUUCUUCUGAAGAUCAAAGAAGCCUUGAACAACCCCUACCACUUGGCCUCAUGGAAUCCGGACACAGACUGCUGCUACUGGUAUGUGGUGGAGUGCGACCGCAAGACCAACCGCAUCAACAACCUCCACCUUUUUGCUGCCAACGUUUCAGGCCAAAUCCCAGAAGCUGUGGCUGAGCUCCCAUACUUAGAGUCUCUAACCUUUCACAAAAUCACCAAUUUUACUGGCACAAUUCCACCUGCCCUCGCCAGGCUCACUCGUCUCAAGAUGCUCACAAUCAGCUGGACCAACAUAUCUGGUCCUAUCCCUUCAUUCCUUGGUGAGCUUAAAAACCUCACUUUUCUAGACUUGUCAUUCAACAACUUCAGUGGCUCAAUCCCACCCUCACUUGCCCAACUCAGAAAUCUCGGUGGGCUGAGGUUAGACAGGAACAAACUCACUGGGAGCAUUCCUGAAUCGUUCGGGGAUUUGACCCCAAGUCUUCAGUAUUUGUACCUCUCUCACAACCAGCUCUCGGGUACAGUCCCGAGAGCCUUGGGUGGCUUGAACUUCACUUGGAUCGAACUGCAACGCAAUCGACUUGAAGGUGACAUAUCAUUUUUGUUUGGAAAGAACAAGACUAUACAGAUAGCUGACUUCUCUAGGAAUAUGCUGCAGUUCGAUCUGUCAAAUGUGGAGUUUCCGGACAGCUUAAGUACACUGGACUUGAACCAUAACAGGAUCACCGGUAGCUUGCCGGAGGGGUUGGCUAAAUUGGAUUCUCUUUUUUUGAAUGUGAGUUAUAACAGGCUCUGCGGUCGGAUUCCGGUGGGUGGGAGGUUGCAGGCAUUGGACUACACUUCGUAUUUCCACAACAAGUGCCUGUGUGGUGCACCGUUGCCAGAUUGCAAAUGA